AUGGUUUCACCGGAAGUGGGUGUGGCUUGUCUCUAGCCCUUGGUUUCGUGUGCACUUGCUGUACGUAUGCCGGAGUGAAGAAAUGACAAAGAAGUUAAAAACAAAAUAAAAUAAACACGCACACACACGAGCUGAUAUUAUUUCACUGUGCGCUUCAGAGUUUGGGAUUAAAUGUUGUGGAAUGAUGUCCUGGUUUUAGAAGAAGAUUAAACUGGUCAUUAACGUGUGUGUGAGUGAGUUGUCCUGCUUUUCCUGUUUUUGAUAACACCAGGCUCGAUAAGAGGUGAGCAGGAUGGAGGAGAGUGAUCAGCUCCGACACAAAUCUGUCCUGGACGAGUUGACAGCUGAUGGCAUCAACAUCGAGGAUGUGCAGUACUUGGCUCUGAGGGAGGAUCUGGAAUCUGAUGCUCGGGAUUUUGAAGCUCCCACAUGGAGUUUAGCUGUAGAUCAGCAGUAUUUGAAGAAUUUCUCUAAAGAUGCAGUUAAGAGACAAGACGUCAUCCACGAGUUGAUCCAGACAGAGAUAAACCAUGUGCGGACGCUGAAGCUCAUGCUGAGUGUGUAUCUGCGUGAGCUGCGGGACUCACUGCUGAUGGACGAAUCUCAGCUUGAGCGUCUCUUCCCUCGUCUGGACCGUUUACUGUACGAACAUCAGAACUUCCUGCAGAGACUGAAAAACCGCCGCAGAGAGUGUCUGGAGGCAGGAAGUGACAAAAACUACUGCAUCAGUAACAUAGGAGACAUCCUUAUCACUCAGUUUUCAGAUGAGCUCAGAAGCAGGCUGCAGGACAGUUACGGUGUUUUCUGCAGUCACCACACAGAGGCAGUGAAUUUCUACAAAGAACAAUUCCAGAACAAUAAAAAGUUUCAGAGUCUGAUACGAAGAAUUGGUCAGUUGUCGAUCGUGAGGAGGUUGGGCAUUCCGGAGGGGAUUCUGCUCAUCACACAGCGCAUCACCAAAUACCCUGUCCUGGUGGAGCGCAUUAUUAAAAACACUGAAGCGAGCACACAGGAGUAUGAGGAUCUUGUAAAUGCUCUGGAGUGCAUUAAGGACACAAUCUCCACCGUGGACAUGCAGGUCCAUCAGUAUGAGCAGCUCCGGGAAAUCGCUGCUAACCUUGAACCCAAAUCCUAUGGCAGGGUGAGCAAUGGCAAGAUUUUCCGCAGAGACGAUCUGCUUCAGAAUGACAGGAAGUUGCUGAGAGAAGGUGUACUGACCUGGAGACCCCAAAACAGGUCCAAAGCUUUGGACAUCCUUGUGGUUCUGCUGCCUGAUUUACUGCUGCUGCUACAGGAGAAAGACCAGAAAUACAUAUUCGCUCCUCUGGAUGGGAAGCCCGCUGUUCUUCCCCUGCAGAAGCUGAUCGUGAGGGAAGCGGCUCACAGUGACCGGGCGAUGUAUCUGAUCUCAGCGUCUGAUGUCAAAGCCGAUCUGUACGAGUUCCACACCUCAACAGCUGAAGAACGAAGCAGCUGGAGACAGCAGAUAUGGGAAACUAUUGAGAAAUGUCCACAUGUAGAGGAAGAGCUUAUGGAGCAUGAAGAAGUUUAUCCUGAUAAACUCCGCGAAGUUCACGAGCAGCUGUGUGAGAAAGAUGCUCAGAUCGAGGAGAUUCUCAGGCAGAAGCUGCAAAUUUUUUCCGACCUGUUAGAGGUUCCAGUGGAGAGCUCGACUACAGCAAGACGCCUGCUGCUGCGAGGUUCUGCUUCUGAGCUCCAGCAGGGGGAGCUGCUCGUGAACACCGCCAUCAUACAGGCUGAGAGUUUACAGAUGCAGUUGAUGGACGGGGAGAUGAACUUUAUUCCUCUGUCUGGUGAGAGAGAUGAUGUCGAGCUGCACAGAAAAUCACAAACUUUGCCUGCAUACAACAGAAUGACAAAAAGUGGUGAUGGAAUUCGGUCCAGAGAUCAGAGACCAAACUCAGAUCCUCAUCUCAGAGACCUUUACCUCAAUCCCCUCGAGUUAUCUGCUGAUGAUGAAGGGUGCUCUACUUUUCCUCCUCUUCCAGCACACGUCUUUAAAGCCGAGUGGAUUGAGACUGCAGAUAAACUGAUACGGAUGCUGUACAGCCUAAAGGCACUGGUCUCUCAGCAAGACAGCGAGUUGGAGGUUCUGCGUGUGGCUCAGUCAGAGCGUGAGCGUCCUUCCCGUCAGCGUUUCAGCUCCAUCCAGGAUCAGGAGCGACAGCGCCACCUGGAGAAGCAGCGUGAGGAGCUCCUCCACCUACAGAAAGUCCACAUGCAGCAGCGGAAGGAGCAGGAGGAGUGGGCUCGCGAGCGUCAGCGCCACCUCCUGUACAUGCAAGAGCGGGAACAGGAACUGAGUCGCCGCAUGGAUGAGUGUAAAAACAAGGAGGCAUGGCUCUGUGCUGAGAGGGACGUCUUGAGCCGGAGCCGAGAGGAGUACCAGCAGGACCUGGAGCGUCUGAGGGAGAGCACUCGCACCGUGGAGAAAGAGAAGGAGAAAUUGGAGCAGGACAUCAGGCGAUUCAGAAAACACAAGAACCUCACCAACCUGGGCGGAGCCUCACACCUGGACAAUGCACAUGUACCAAAUGUGGCUGUUCCGUAUUCAUCAUCUGACGAUAUGCUCAGCACCAGAUCUCUCGUACCUCAAGAGCGCCCUCCGCUGGUCCCUCCUCGCAAAGAGAGCAUCAGUGUCACAGCGAGCGUGAAAGCGGACGUUCCCAUCCAGCUGGUGAGCGCGACGAACGAGGCACUAAAAUCCAGCGGCGUCCAGCAGCAAAUCCCAACUAAACUAGCCAUUAGCAAAGGAAAGGAGAAGAACAAGAGCAAGAACUCACAUCAUCGCACCAACAGCGCAGCCUCGAUAGAAGUUUCUGAAGUUUUUCCCAUUAAAGUGUCAGGAAAUGAAGGAGGAAGUUUACGAGCAAUGAAAACCACAAGCCCACACACACUCACUGCAGACAUUUAUCCAGAACAUGCUCUGAACUCGAAGCCUCCACAUUCAGGAAACGCUCUCCGAAAAUCCGCUCAGCCACAGAACCAUCAGAGAACCAAGAGCAGCAACCAGGAGGACAUUUUCUUCUUUUAAUUCUUCACUGUGAAUCAUCUGUGAACAUUUAAACACACUCACACAGUUCAACAGCGUGAUGAAUAGAAUUUCUAUGGCAGUGACAGUGAAUUUUACACAUUUUUAUACACAGGUUUUAAUUUUAGAAGCUGGUGAAGGAAAUUAUUUUUAAUGUUUUACUACCACUGUUUUAUAGCACUUUCUUUUUUGUUUAAAAAAAAAAAAAAAAAAAAAAAAAAAAGGAUGGAAAUUCAUCCACAAACACUAGAAAAGUUCCAGAUCAAAGUGCUGUUUUUGUAAAGAACUGUAUAAUUUGUGAAUAUCAUGACUCAAGUUCAGGGAAUUUAAAAUGAAUAAUUUAGAAAAUAAAAAAUUAGUGAUAUAAUGCUGUUAGAGAAAAGAAUUAGCCGUUUGAAUUUCUUUUUUUGUGGGGGGGGGAUUAUGUUUGUUCAGAUUUUUUGUUGUAGUUAAAAUUUCAGGGCUCAGAAAAAGUAGAUCUGAAAAUCCAAGCUGAAAAAUUUGUACAUUUUCGAAAAUGAUGUAUAUUUUCUGUUAGAGAAACACCUCUAGACUUUUACAAUCUUGUGUUUCAAAAAAAAAUCCUGCUGGAUCGAGUUAUCAUGCACGAACAUUUAAGUAAUGUGAGGUUUUUCUUCUUUUUUUAAUUCUGGAAAAAAGGGACAUUUGAAACCAAAAACUUUUGGAUUUUGUAGUCUGAAAAAAUAAAUGUUGAAUUUUUGUG